AUGGUCUUUACUGACUCUAUGGGCUCAGCCCACAGAGCAGUGGACCCUUCCAUGCACUCUGGCCAGGCUUUUAGUCUGUCAGUUUGUUGUGCUCUCCAAGAGUGGUUCGAGGCAGAUGAUCUCCACUGCAUCACCUUUGUCUAUGUUCCAUCCGCUUUGCGGUGGGAUAUCCAUGAUGAGGCACACAAGUACGUCACCGAACUCAAAGUCAGGGUUGGCUGUCACAAGACGGAUAACUCCAUAGAUGUGCUGCGCUCUCGAGCCACGCACUCAGUCCUGGACACGUGGAGUUCCACUUUCCAGGAUCCGACCUACCGAGGCUCUGAAUUUUUAGAGCUUCAAUGGCCUGAUGGGCGGCCAAUGCAGCCAUCUAUCACUGAGUUCGCUCGCGUCUGCCAGUGUAUAACUGGCCACGCGCCCAUUGGAGCGUACUACCAUCACUUCAAGAUCAAUGAGCCUCAUGGCUGCACUUGCGGGACUGCACUGCAGUCUCACCAGCACAUCCUCUUUCGCUGUCAUGAUAGAUACUCUGUACACUAUCCCUGUUUUCUCAGGGAUAUUGCAUCGUUUAUGAAGUACAACCCUACGGUGUUCGGCUUCAACCGGGACCCUUUGGGGGUUUUCGCGCUCGUUCUUGAACACGACAAGACCGAGUUGUUCCACUUUUCGCGUCGACGAGAUGCCUACAAUCCCUCGCUGGAUCUGGGGUACGCCCCUCAUACCGGUGCUACACCUUUGAAGCCUAAGACCUAUUGGAGGUACCUGGGCUUCUAUUUUGACCACGGGCUCACGUUUCAGGAGCACGUCCGCUACUACGCCACCAAGGUGUUUACCACCGUGCAGGCCAUGCGCAUGCUCAGAAACUCUACUAGAGGUCUUUCACCUAAACAGCGCCGCCUCUUAUACAGGUCGUGUGUGGUCCCCAUUGCCACAUACGGCUAUCGUCUCUGGUAUUUUGAUGGCGCUCGCAACAAGGGCGCGAUGAACCAGUUGAAAUGGAUGCAGCGGAAAGCUGCUCUAUGGAUUACAGGUGCUUUCCGCACCUCCCCCACCGGCGGUCUUGAGGCUCUUGCAGGUCUCAUUCCUGUCCACCUCAUGCUGAAGAAGCUGGCAACGUGUGCAGUGUACCGCGUAGCCACCCUCUCGGACACCCAUCCUCUUCGCUCUAUGAUGGGCGAGGGACUCCUCAAGCGAGCUGCACCACAUGCUCGCUCUGCCGCCUUGAUAACCCCAGCCAUGCAAGGGAAAGUCAAGAGCACCGUCAUGGAGGUGGACGAGCGUGUCCACACCUUAACUGAGAGCUUCGAGCCCUUUGCGCCCAAAGCUCGCCCAAGUGAUCGGUUACUGGACCGCUAUGCGGACCGUCUCCACUUUGACGAAUGUGAUCCUACCCAGGAUAGGUGUCCAUAUCUAGACGAGCUCAUCGCGAGAGCAAGGGCCGACCCACUAACAGUACUGGCUGCAACUGAUGGCUCUGUCCCUCAGUCCAAUCAGUAUCAGGCGGCUUCGGCUGCCAUUAUCUACAAGGGACAUCGCGAGCUCGAAAGGACUCGCUAUGUCUCUGGCAGAGUUACCGCCCCUGAUGCGGAACUCAAUGCCAUCUCGUGUGCAGUACGCCUUGCUGUCAAGCAGGCAAACUGCCAGCAUAUUAUGGUCUUUACUGACUCUAUAGGCUCCGCCCGUAGAGCGGUUGACCCUGGCAUGCAUUCUGGUCAGGCUUUUAGCCUGUCAGUUUGUCACGUUCUUCAAGAGUGGUUUGAGGCGGAUGACCUUCGCCGCAUUACCUUUGUCUAUGUCCCAUCAGCUCUGCGGUGGGACAUUCAUGGUGAGGCACACAAGUAUGUCACCGAGCUUAAAGUCAGGGUUGGACGCCGCAAGACGGACAACUCUAUAGACGCGCUACGCUCACGAGUGGCGCACUCAGUCCUGGAUUCGUGGAACUCCACUUUCCAGGAUCCAACCUACCGAGGCUCUGAAUUCCUAGAGCUUCAACAGCCUGACGGGCGGCCACUACAGCCAUCGUACCUCAAUGGGGGACCUUGGCUCUCAACUUUCGGACACAGCAUCACUGAGUUCGCUCGCGUUUGCCGGUGUAUAACUGGCCACGCGCCCAUUGGAGCGUACUACCGUCGCUUCAAGAUUAAUGAGCCUCACGGCUGCACUUGCGGGGCUGCCUUGCAGUCCCGCCAGCAUGUCCUCUUUCGCUGCCGCGAUCGCUACUCUGUGCACUACCCCCGAUUUCUCGGGGAUAUUGCAGCUUUUAUGAAGUACAACCACGCUCACCAUGAUCCACUCAUGGUCAUAGCGAUGAGCCCAGUACUUGCACGAAGCCAAAUUGGCUGUGUGGUCCUUGUGGCAAUUGACACAGCGGCCCUUACCCAAACAGAUGGGACAGGAGAGUUGUUUCACCUUACAGGCGAUGGUGGGGUGGCCCCACUUCCAGCAGCGCUGGCAGAGUGGGACCCCGGUGUGUCAUGCGGCGGGCCUGAUUGCACAGGACUGCCCAGCGAGGAAGAUCGGUUGGCCAAGGUGUAA